AUGAAAGAUCCAGAUUGUGGAAGUCGUAUAAAUAUAGGGAAAGUGAUAGAGGGUAUUCCUGAUCAGGCUUUUGUGCUUAUAACUAAUGAACCUCUUACGGUCACUCGCACUUUUUACAUUAAUAGUGCGAGCUUAGGACUCAGCGUACUUUGGUUUUUAGCCAGCAUCAUUUUAAUGGCUGGAAAAGAGAAGUCGGGCUAUUUCAGACCUUUGCGCUGGCCAUGGGUGUUUAUUUCUAUAGCAGUUUGCGGUUGUGACGUAGUUGCAACAGUCAUUUUUGCUAAUGACUCAUUCUAUACACGGAACUUAACAGAAGUGAUGGACUAUAUAGGAGGUACUAUAAGCGGGAUAGGAAAUAAGCAACUCGACACUUCUCUGACGGCUUGGAUCAUGGUGGCUCUCUACUCACGUUUCGCUGUCUUCUUUGUAAUCAAUCUUAUACUCAUUGUGAUUGUAGUUCUCGAUAAAAGCAAACCCAAACCGGAUAUUGGUGUCGUCGAGUCUCCGACUGUACCACCUCCACCGCCACCCCCGCAACCACCACAACCACCUUUACCUCCAAUUACACAAUCUCAAACUCCAAAACCACAAGUCAAUAUCCCAGUACAUCUUCCAAUCAGACGUGUAUCAGAACCGAUUGUAGCACGCAAAGCGAGCAACAGUGCUGAUGAUAGAACCGUUUUGUCAAUCCCUCUAAGUAAUAUCACUGAAGCAAGCACCAGUACGAAGGACAUAGAAGAUUCAAGUAUCCGUGAAGAUUCAGCUAAAAUACCGCGGGCUGGUUUCAACAACGCCUUUCGCACUAUGAAAAGGUUUUUAUUUACAAAACCAUCGACCUCACGAGCUUCUAUAUUAGAUUCUGCGUAUUCAUCACCUGAAAGGUCACCCAAAUUACAUCAUCGUGAUAUUGACAAAAAAAGAACAGUUAACUUUCCUGAAAAUCUGUUAUCAUUACCUCAACGUUUGGAAAACAUGAUCGCGGAGCAGCAACGACGUUUGGACAACGCUGUAAUCGACACCGGCCGUACUUCACCCCCGAGAGCCUCGCAGUCAUUACCACAGCUUAACGACUCUCAAGACGGUAAUCCGGCUUUGAACCGCGGGCGACGCGACACUGCCGCAGAAUUACAAGGUCAGCUGCCGUGGGCCUAUAUUCCAGCGUCAGCACACCGCAUGCGUGACCAACUGCCACCAGACGAGGACCUGCCUCCAGUGCCGCUACCGGACUAUACGGCAUUACAUUCGGUUCGCAAAGCAUGCUACAUCGGUCAUGCUAUCAACGUUAUUCUGCUGAUUACUCUCAUAGUUUACCUAAUUGAUAAUCAACAGAAGGCAAAGGAAAACGGAGUGAGUGAUGUGCAAGUACCAAGACCCAUGAGAGAGGAGAGUCCGUGGCAACAACAAAGGAAUGAAUUAUUCUUAGGGUAUCCUAGAACAAAUAUCAAUCCUGUUUACAAUCAUGACGAAAUAUCUCCGUCUCCACCACAACGUCAAAUUAGAGAAAAUCCACUUCCUGAUUAUUCAAAUCCGCCGUAUCGCUCAGACCCAUGGUCAGUAGCACCAACGAACUCCAAUCCUCCAAUGGGAUCACGUCCUUUCACAUAUUUGGAGGAACCAAAACGGCCUAUACCUGUAAAACCACCAGUGACUCCCACAAAUGACCAACAGUGGCGAAGAGACCCUUGGCCCCCGGCUCCUCCAGUGCCAGAACCCGAUUAUAGCCCAAAACCACGUAAAUUAAAGAGUGCUUUGAAGACAUAUUAA